AUGAUCCUUUCAUUUUUGUUUUUGGUUCAUUCAACUGUCAGUCAUUCAUUUGUCUCUCUGUCACUGUCCUUAUCUCUUUCUGUUCAUAUCCAUCUAUCUAUCUAUCUAUCUAUCUAUCUAUUAUCUAUUAUAUCUCUGCUUCUAUCCAUCCAUCUAUCUAUCUUUAUUUAUCUAUCUAUCUAUCUAUCUAUUCAUCUGUUCUAUUUAUUUACCAUAUCCAUUCAUCUAUCCAUCUAUCUCAUCUAUCUAUCCAUUUAUCUAUCUGCAUUAAUUAUCUAUCUAUCCAUCUGCAUCCAUCUAUCCAUCCAUCUCCUGAUCUCCCAUCUUAUCCCAUUAUUUAUCCAUCCAUCCAUCAUCUAUCCAUCCAUCUAUCUAUCUAUCUAUCUAUCUAUCUUUUUUAAUCUAUCUAUCUAUCUGUUCUUUUAUCUAUCUAUCUAUCAUCUGUAUGUCCGUCUGUCUUUUCUUUUAUGUAUAUAUCUAUUCAUUCAUCUAUCUAUCUAUCUAUCUCAUCUUUCUCAUUCAUUCAUCUAUCUAUCUAUCUAUUUUAUCUUUCACAUCUAUCUUUUUCUAUCUAUCUAUCUGUAUCUAUCUAUCAAUGAUCUUAACUUUUUAUCCUAUCUAUCUAUCUAUCUAUCUAUCUAUCUAUCUAUAUCUACCAAAUCCUCUUCUAUCUAUCUAUCUAUCUAUCUAUCUAUCUAUCUAUCUAUCACAUCCUUUUCAAUAUCUAUCCAUUUAUCUAUCUCUAUAUAUCACUCCUUUUUUUAUCGUCUUUUUUUUCCCUUCACUUCCAUUGUUGUUUUAUCAUUUCUAUCCUUAUGCAAUCACUUUCUGUUUUUUUCUUCUCUUCACAUAACUUAUCUACUCCUAGAUAACCUGUCUUCUUUCUUUCUUUCUUUCUUUCUUUCUUUCGUCUUCUUUUUUCUAUAUUUCUCUCUUUUUUACACUUUAUCUUUUUCUUUCUUUCUCUCUUUCAUUCUCUAUUUCUUUUUCUUUCUUUCUCUCUUUCUUUUUCUUUCCUUCUUUCUUUCUUUCUUUCUUUCUUUUUUCUUUCGUCUUUUUUCUAUAUUUCUCUCUUUUUUACACUUUAUCUUUUUCUUUCUCUCUUUCAUUCUCUAUUUCUUUUUCUUUCUCUCUUUCUUUUUCUUUCCUUCUUUCUUUCUUUCGUUUUCUUUCUUUCUUUUUUCUAUAUUUCUCUCUUUUUUACACUUUAUCUUUUUCUUUCUCUCUUUCAUUCUCUCUUUCUUUUUCUUUCUCUUUCUUUUUCUUUCCUUCUUUCUUUCUUUCGUUUUCUUUUUUCUAUAUUUCUCUUUUUUACACUUUAUCUUUUUCUUUCUUUCUCUCUUUCAUUCUCUAUUUCUUUUUCUUUCUCUCUUUCUUUUUCUUUCCUUCCUUCUUUCUUUCUUUCUUUCGUCUUCUUUGUUUCUAUAUUUCUCUCUUUUUUACACUUGUAAAUACAGAAAAUAUAUAAUUACUAAAUUAGUAUCACUUUCUUUCUCUCUUUCAUUCACUCUUUCUUUUUCUUUCUCUCUUUCUUUUUCUUUCCUUCCUUCUUUCUUUCGUUUUCUUUUUUCUAUAUUUCUCUCUUUUUUACACUUAAUCUUUUCUUUCUCUCUUUCAUUCUCUUUCUUUUUUCUUUCCUUCUUUCUUUCUUUCUUUCGUUUUCUUUUUUCUAUAUUUCUCUUUUUUACACGUUAUCUUUUUUCUUUCUCUCUUUCAUUCUCUAUUUCUUUUUCUUUCCUUCUUUCUUUCUUUCUUUCUUUUUUCUUUCGUCUUCUUUUUUUCUAUAUUUCUCUCUUUUUUACACUUAAUCUUUUUCUUUCUCUCUUUCAUUCUCUCUUUCUUUUUCUUUCCUUCUUUCUUUCUUUCUUUCGUUUUCUUUUUUCUAUAUUUCUCUUUUUUACACGUUAUCUUUUUUCUUUCUCUCUUUCAUUCUCUAUUUUUCUUUCCUUCUUUCUUUCUUUUCUUUUUUUUCUUUCGUUUUUCUUUUUUCUAUAUUUCUCUCUUUUUUUACACUUAAUCUUUUUUUCUCUUUCAUUCUCUCUUUCUAUUUCUUUCCUUCUUUCUUUCUUUCUUUCGUUUUCUAUAUUUCUCUUUUUUACACGUGUAUAUAAAUACAGAAAAUAUAUAAUUACUAAAUUAGUAUCUUUUUUCUUUCUCUCUUUCUUUUUCAUUCUCUCUUUCUUUAUCUUUCCUUCUUUCUUUCUUAAUUUCGUCUUCUUUUUUUCUAUAUUUCUCUCUUUUUUACACUAUCUUUUUCUUUCUCUCUUUCAUUCUCUAUUUCUUUUUCUUUCUCUCUUUCUUUUUCUUUCUUUCUUUCUUUCUUUCUUUCUUUCUUUCUUUCUUACACUUAUAUCUAAAUAUAGAAAGUAUAUAAAGUAUCUAUUUUCCCCUCUUUCAGUCUUUCUUUUUUUCUUUCUUUCUUUCUUACGCUUGUGCAUAGACUAUCUAUGGUUCUUUCUUUCAUUCUUUCUUUCUUUCUUUCUUUCUUUCUUUCUUUCUU